AUGGAUUUGGACAUGCAACCACGGACGCGGAGGUUGGAAUCAACGAUCGGGGGGGAUUUUUCGGGGGCGAUAUUUUGCCACAUCGCCGGCAGAGAGCAAAAAGUGCGGAAAAUGCGUAUUUUGUUGUUCGUCGUCAGCGCCGCGCUGGUGGCAGCUUUGCCGCCGCCGCGAUGCGAUUCGGGGAUUCGAGGGCACUGCAAGCCAAUCGUGGAGGAAAAACCCAAGUGCGAGGAGAUGCAGCUUUCGUACUGCGAGGACGCGGGCUACACGCACACGCUCUUCCCCAACACCCUCGGGCACGCCAGCCGCCAGGAGGCGGAGAGCGGCGUGGAGUACCUGCUCUUGAGCGUGCUGGAGUCGUUGCUGGGCGGCGAGUGCCACGUCGAGGCGCGGGCGCUCGGCUGCUCCGUGCUGGCGCCGCCCUGCCGGGACGACCGGGCGCUGAAGCCGUGCCGGCGGGCCUGCGAGGCCGCCCGAAAACGCUGCGUGCACGCUUUCGAGGGCAUCCGGAUGGCCUGGCCUUACUUCCUGGACUGCGACCGAUUCUUCGCCGCCGACGAAGAGGGAUGCUACGACCCGCUGCGGGACCUCGCGGCACGAGAUGACGAAGCGAUCUCUGACUUUCCCCUGCCGGAACCGGUGCCGAAAAUCAAAUUCGCCUAUCUGUCCAACGCUCAGACCGACGGCGUCCUGAAGCGGACGGAGCGGGAAUGCGCCGACAUCUCCAGAACCUACGGCAUCGGCCGCAGCGCCGAGGGCAGGGAACUGCUGGUCAUCGAGUUCUCCGACAGUCCCGGCCGACACGAGUUGCUGGAGCCGGAGAUAAAGCUGAUCGGCAACGUUCACGGAGACGAGGCGGCGGGCCGCCAGCUGCUGGUCUACUUGGCGCAGUACCUGUGCUCCGAGUAUCGCCUGGGCAACGAGCGCGUGCGCACGCUGGUCAACACCACCCGUAUCCACAUACUGCCUUCCGUCAACCCCGACGGCUACGAGGCGGCGCUUUCCGGACAGCGGGACGCCGGCGGCGGCUACGAAGACGACGACGGUCAAACGGGUCGCGGCUACGGCCGGAGCGACGUGGGCCGGAACAACGGUCAGAACAUCGACCUGAACAGAAACUUUCCCGAUCUGACUUCCGUAGUUUACGGCCGUCGACGCCAAAAGGGCUACCGCACCGACCACGUCCCCAUCCCGGACCACUACUGGUUCGGCAAGGUCGCGCCAGAGACCUACGCCGUGAUGAAAUGGAUCCGCUCCAUCCCGUUCGUGCUGUCGGCUAACUUUGCCGGCGGCGACCUGGUGGUGUCCUACCCCUACGAGCGCUCCAAGCACCCUCUGGAUCUGAACCUCUUUUCCCCGACGCCGGACGACAAGGUAUUCAAGUUUCUGGCCAGAAGCUACGCGAGCACGCACGAAACCCUGAACUACGGGGACGCCCGCUGCGGCUCGGCUUCGGCGCGCAGUCAUCGAGGAACGGUGAACGAAGCGCAGCGCUCCGCCAACGCCGGAGGCAUGCAAGACUUCAACUACCUCCACACCAACUGCUUCGAAGUGACCGUGCGGCUGGGAUGCGAGAAAUUCCCGCCCGAGGAGGAUUUGUUCAACAUCUGGCACGAAAACCAAGAGUCCAUGAUGUCCUUUAUGGAAACGGUCCAUCGAGGCAUCAAAGGGAUCGUAAGAGAUGCGGAGGGAAACGGAAUAAAAGGUGCCAGGGUAUCGGUGCGAGGAAUACGCCAUGAUAUUACAGCAGCUGAAAACGGCGAAUACUGGCGCCUCCUCAGCCCGGGCAUCCACAUCGUGUCGGCGUGGGCGCCCGGUUUCUCCCGAGCGGCCAAGAAAAUCCACCUGCCUCCCGCCAUGCACUCGGCGGGCCGCGUGGACUUUAUUCUGGAGAGGGCGGAGCCGGAGCCCGGCCGGCAGGAGGAGGAGGACGCCGCCGCCGUCGCCGCCUACGAGCGCUUCGACCCCAACGACCAGUACGAACGCUACCUCCGGACGGAAGUGAGCCAACGCGCCCCGGAGAGCAGGCUGGAGAAACCCUGGUGGUGGAACUACUUUGUCCUACCGGGGGCGCCCUCGCCCCUUUGGCUGCUCUUGAAGCGCUAG